AUGUCUGAGCCAAAAAUCUAUAAAACAAUAUAUAGUGGUAUUCCAGUCUAUGAAUAUGUUAUAAAUGGCGUUGCAGUGAUGCGACGCUAUUCAGAUUCAUAUAUUAACGCAACACAGAUUCUUAAAGUAGCAGAUUUUGAUAAGCCUCAACGUACACGGAUAUUAGAACGAGAAGUGCAAAAAGGAGAGCACGAGAAGGUUCAGGGAGGAUACGGGAAGUAUCAAGGGACUUGGAUUCCUCUUUCUCGUGCGUUGGAGCUUGCUCAGCAGUAUAAAGUUGAGCAUUUGUUAAAACCCAUUUUAGAAUACCAACUUAAUGAAAAGAGCCCGCCGUCGUUGUCUAAACAGAGUAUUUCAGUGCCUAAAGGGAUACCACAGUUAACACCUACAUCAAAACAUUCACGUAUAGUAAAACACACUAUUCCUGGAGAAGAAGACUUUGGCUGUGUUUCAAUGGAUGAUUCUGUAUCAGUUGAGACACAUAGUACACAAAGUCAUUUAGAAUCUGAAGCAUCACCUAUGAAUUCCGAACUGGAUGCAGCUAUAGGAAGCAGAAAGAGAAAAUAUACCCAGCUUCUUCAGAAUUUUCCAGACGACAAACGGCUUAAUAAAUAUAGUGAAGCUUUACUUGAUUUUUUUAUGUCAUCAAACCACCAAAGUUUACCGGAUUUUCUUAUUCAUUGUCCAAGCGAUUUUAAUGCUAAUGCGAUUAUUGACGAAGAGGGGCAUACUGCGUUGCAUUGGGCAUGUGCAAUGGGUCAUUUACGUGUUGUCGAAGCACUUCUUGAUGCAAGUGCUGACAUAUCUGCUGUUAACUUACAAGGGCAAACAGUGCUUAUGAGAUCUGUUUUAUUUACUAAUAAUUAUGAUCUAAAAUCAUUUCCGCAACUAGUGCAAAUUCUGCAUCCUACAAUACAUUUAUCCGAUAAGUUUUUGCAAACCGUUUUUCAUCAUAUUGCUUCAACAACAACAUCGCGCUCAAAAUUGUCAGCUGCCAAAUAUUAUGCCGAAACAAUAUUGAAUCAUUUAUCUGAAACUCAACCCGCAAACGAAAUAGCACAGUUAUUAGAUGCAAGAGAUUCUGAAGGGGAUACAGCUUUAACUAUAUUUUCUAGGAAUGGGGCUAGGAAAUGUGUUCGUGUUUUAACCAAUUUUCAUGCUAAUUUACAUAUUCCUAAUAACCAAGGACGAACUGCUGAAGAAUAUAUUAUUGAAUAUGAACGCCAGCGCCAGAAUUUGCCUCAUCGACAAAAUUCUUUAUAUAUGAACGGACAAUCUAUAGAUCAUUAUAACAAACAUUAUAACAAAUCAAUGUUUUCGAUACCCAGCUCUUCCCGUUAUGUUACUAAACAACCUGACCCAUAUUCGUCUGAAACAGCGAUUAAAAUUACUCAAAAAACUAUUCCAGAAAUUCAAGAAAAAUUAAAGCUUUUAGCAAAUACAUAUGAUACUGAAUUGAAAGAUAAAGAAUCUUAUCAUUCUCAAGCUCUUGAAUUACUUGCUAAUAUGAAUCGUGAAAUUGAAGUUUCUAGAAAAGCUCUUAAAGAAAUAAUUGGCAGUGGCCCAGAUGCAGCUGAAAUACAAAAACAAGCAAUAAUAAAUGCAAAUGCAGAGAUGGAAGUUGUAUCUAAAAAAUUAAAAAUAGCAGUUGAAAGAAAUCAAUUAAGAGAAUUGACUAGAUUAGUCAAAGAAGAGUCAUUAAUUCAGCAACAUUCACCUACAUUAUUUAAAGAAGAUAAAAAAGAAAAAGAAAAAUUAAUUUAUGAACUUCAGGAAUUACAAAAGGAACGCCAAAAACUUAUUGAUACUAUUGUAGAACUUUUUGCUACAGCAGGAGUUGGAGAAAGAAUGAAUGAAUAUCGAAGACUUAUUGCUAUGAGCUGUGGAUUGAAUGUUGAUGAUGUUGAUAAUGUUUUGGAUGCUAUUACGGAAGUAUUGACAGGUAAUCCAGAUGAUAUGGCUGAAGAACAAGCAGAGUCUGUUGUUCUUGUUUAA